UAAAAUUAAAAAGAAAACAAUCCCCCCCCCCUUCUUCGAUCGCUGCCUGCUACCGUUCCAUCUCUUUCACCGCCCGUGUCCGUGCCGCCAUUUCAGCUCCGCCGCCGUCCCCACGCCGUCCCCACGCCGUCGGCAUCUCACGGCGACUGAUCUUCUCCGCACCGCCAUCUCCACUCAAUCGAUACCUCACCGCGACCGCUCGUCGCCGUGCCUCCAUCCCAUUGAGUGGAAGCGGAUUGUUCUGAGUUGAACCAUGAGCGUUCAGAUCCAUGAAGCGAAUUCCUCCUUGAAACUGAUCUUCUUUGGCGGGAAAACUCUCAACUCACCACUUCACCUCCUUAACAAAAACAUGAACUUUCCAACCAUGGGUCACCGUAAUCUAAAGAUAAAGUGCAGUGUUCGCUUUCGCCCUUGUAUUGAUAUACACAAGGGAAAAGUAAAGCAGAUUGUUGGAUCCACUCUUCAAGACACGAAGGACGAAAAUGCAAGUCUUGUAACCAAUUUCAUAUCUGAUAAGUUGGCUGCAGAAUAUGCUAAGAUUUAUAAAGAUGAUGGGCUCACAGGAGGUCAUGUAAUCAUGCUUGGAGCUGACCCGCUGAGCCAAUCAGCAGCAAUUGAAGCCAUAUGUGCUUAUCCUGGUGGCUUGCAAGUUGGAGGCGGUAUCGAUUCAAACAAUGCAGCCAGUUACAUAGAAGUCGGAGCAAGCCAUGUCAUCGUUACCUCUUAUGUAUUCAAGAAUGGGAAAAUGGACACUGACAGACUAAAGAAGCUUUCUCAAGUUGUUGGAAAGCAGAGACUUGUUUUAGAUCUCAGUUGCCGGAAGAAGGAGGGUAAGUAUGUAAUUGUCACAGAUAGAUGGCAGAAGUUUAGUGAUGUACAUCUAAAUCAGGAAGUUCUGAAUUUUCUUGCCCAGUAUGCGGAUGAAUUUUUAGUCCAUGGAGUUGACGUUGAAGGAAAGAAGCUGGGAAUAGAUGAAGAGCUAGUGGCACUGCUUGGCAAGUAUUCCCCUAUUCCAGUCACAUAUGCUGGCGGCGUAACUGAAAUAGCGGAUUUGGAGCGGAUAAAGAUAGCGGGGAUGGAUCGUGUGGAUGUUACAGUGGGAAGUGCUUUAGACAUAUUUGGUGGAAACAUGGCAUACCAAGAUGUUGUGGCUUGGCACAGACAGCAGGAUCAUUUAGCAGCUUAACGGCUGGGGAGGGGGGUUGGCCCACCUUAGGUCUAAUCUACACCUUAUAUACCUAUUUUGAUAUUAUGUGAACAGUUGUAAAAAAAUUAGGCUCUUAUUUUCUCUGUUUCUUAUUUUUUCAAUACAUGAGGCUCACCAUGGUUCAUCCAAAUUUUGUGUUGGAAGAACCAAGCUGUGUUCGUAUGACUUUUGAGCUCUAUCUAUUGCACAAUUGCACUAUCAGUUUGAAGUGAGUAGGGUAACUUGAAUUUGUCUGUUUUUUAUGAUGCUUGAUGUCGUUGUAUAAAUGUAUAAUGGAUGAAGUGAUGAACUAUCAAAUCCUGUUACAACGAAUGGAUAAGUAAA